AUGGUCAGGACCAGCCAGGUGCUCUCACGCCAGCUGAACGCAUACCUGUACCGCCGUAACCAGCGCAAUACUCUCUUCUACGAAUGCCGGCGCACUGUUUGCGACUGCAGAGGCAGUGCGUACUAUUUGCGCCACAGAUGGGACGCAGUUGCUUGGGCAAUUGACCGCCAGCGGACAUCCACCUUCCGCCGUGCCCUGAGCCUCGGGAUCAUUCCACAUCAGAACCUUUCGGCUGUAGUGAAAAGCGGACACCUGCCAAUAAUUCAUCACUACCUCAGAUCAUGCGCUUUCGACGUUGAUGCGGUAGAUCCCGAGGGCUGCACGGCGCUGUACUGGGCAGUGGCAAAGUCCAAACAUUUCCGAGGCAUAGAGUUAGCCAGAACUCUUAUUGAAACCCAUGGGGCCCAGCUGAAUUAUCCCAUUGACUACUUCGACAAGAUGCCCCUUUUUGAGGCGUGCCGCUUGGGCCACAGCUCGAUGGCCAGUCUCCUAAUCAAGCACGGCGCAUGGGUCAAUCCACCGGAAUAUGCGCUCAACAGAAUGAAGGAGACACAUCAAGUAUCAACAUUCAACAAAUUUCUCCCAUCAGAGGACAACCGUGGACCUCAUGCGGGAGUUGUUUCUACACGGGCCAAAUGCGAUCAUACGCCGCUCCAAAUGGCAUCUAGAUACGGACAUACACACAUAUGCGAGAUCUUGAUGGGUCAUGGAGCCUCUGUGAGAGGUACUUCAAUAUCACCGGGUUGGACGCCACUUCACUCUGCUACCCUGGGUGCAUCGCCAGAUGUUGUCAAGCUGCUUCUUCAAACUGGAGCACAUGAACGAAGUCAUGCAAUGGGUCUCCGAACACUCGCCAUCCCUAAUUUUGCCAUUGAUGCUUCCGGCAUGGACGUCGCAAACGAGGGAGCAAGAAUCAAAGACUGGACAGAGUGCAUUAGGCUGUUAUUGCGGGCUGGUCUAAGGCUCUACUCGACUUGCCAACUACUAUGGAAUAUGGCGGAAAACCAAAAAAAGAUGGCAAAUGUGAUUACGCUGUUACUGCAUUAUGACAGCGCAUUGAAACCCUUUGAGGGGUCUGCUGCCCAUUGGACAAAAGUUGGGCCUUGGGAAGAAACAGAUAGUCGCCAACUGUUGUUGAUGGCAAUGGACAGGUCACUAGACGUCGCUAAUCUGUUCCUGCGAGCUGGGUUUGACAUGGAUCAGCUGAACGACGACGGGGACACGUUACUCUACCAGCUUGCCGAAGAAGAUAACGCUCCGCUUUGUCGCUUUCUGGCCGCUGCCGGGGCCAACACAGGCUGGCAGAGAGAAGAUACUGGCUUUGGUGCUGUCCACAUCGCCGCCAAUCUUGGGAGCAUCCAUGUGCUGAGGGUCAUGGUGAAGGACCCGCUGUUCAAUAUGGCAUCUGCAGACAAUCUUGGCAGAACACCACUCUUCCAUGCUGCGAGGAAGGGUUACUAUGAAUGUCUUGUUCUUAUCUUGAGCAGAGGCCGAGCUGUCAGCCGCAAAGGCUGGGACAUGUCGAAGGCUGAUCUCUCUGAGGACGUGCCAGAUGCAUUUGGUACUCGUCCUGUCAUUGCAGCCGCGAGGAAUGGGCAUAUGAUGGUCGUUCGCGUCCUUCUCAUGGUCAAUCCGGCUAACCUACUCGCCCAAGACGCCCAAGGGCGCGACGUUCUCUUCUGGGCUAAUGUGAACCCCAACCUCAAGAUGAGAAAGAUGGUCCUCGAAUUUGCUCGGCGACGAAAGAUUUCAAUAUGA